AUGUCUGACAUGGAUGAAGAUGCAGUCUUGUCGGAUAUAGAUGGAGAGGAAGAACUCCAUCAAGGAGUCGGAGAGGACGAGAAGGAACAGGUUUGUCUUUUGACCCAAGAAGCCAUAAGCCAGGGGCUCUCAUUACUGUGCCAAACAGGAAAUGGACUUGGACAUGCAUUUGUCAAACUGGACCUAAAAGACAGAAGACUGAAUGAUAUAGCUGCAAUCAGCAAUUACAUUCACCUACGUUUUCUGGAUGUAUCCAACAACCACCUUACUGAUCUUUCUCCUGUGGCAUCUCUGACCCAGCUGCUCUGGCUGAAGGUUGACAAUAAUGCUGUGGCAUGUUUCAAAGGGCAACCCUUUGCUCAGCUGACCUACCUGCAGUGGCUCAGUAUGGCAGUGAACCGGCUCACAGACCUGGAUGGCUUGGUCGGGCCUGCCUUGGAGAGUCUCAAUCUUUCAGGUAAUGGUAUUCAGAGAGUGAAUGGACUUCAGAGUGGCUAUUUUGCCAAUCUGGUAACUUUGGAGUUGAGGGGAAACAACUUGGAAACCACUGACAGCAUCAACCUUCCCAACCUGCAGCGGUUAUAUCUGGCCCAAAAUGCUAUCAAACAUCUAGAGGGUUUGGGAAAGUUAGAGCGCCUCACCACCCUUCACCUUCGAGAUAACCUGCUAGAUACUCUGGAUGGCCUCAGCCCCAACAUGAAGUGUCUCCAAUACCUCAAUGUCAGAGGCAAUGCCAUCAUCAAUGAGAGUGCCCUGCGAUGCCUUGGGCUCGUGUCAAAGAGUCUACGCGCCUUGGUCAUUUCUGACAAUCCUGUGGUGGAAACGACAGACUACCGGCUGACUGUGCUGAUCCUGCUGCCACAGCUGGAGCGACUUGACAAAGAUCCUGUCUCCCCUGAAGAGAGGACUGAGGCCAAGGAAAGAAUCAAGGAACUUAAAGAGGAGGAAAUAUAUGACCCUUGAAAUCUGUAAUGAUGGACAAAUGAGGAAGUGUUCAACUUCCCUGAAAACACAGGCCUGGUGUGUAUAGGUGGG